CGUCAUAUCCGAGCAGUGUUGCAUGUGCUGUUCGCUGCUGACACGGCGGCAGAUUCCGGACUGCAGCCCCCUAUACUGCUGUGUUUAACGGGGGGAGCGGAGCGUGCGGAGCCAUGCUGGCCCCGGUUGGCGGAGUGCUGCGGAGGGGUGUGGUGGGGUGAAUCACGGCCCCCCUUCGUUCCGACAUAAACACAACCGCACCAAAUUUGGUCUCGCCUUCCUGCGCGUUCACGAGUCGUUAUGCUGCUCGGCCCGGUAGUACGCGCAUGCAGGCGCGUGCGCGUGCCCGCGCUCGCCGCUUUCCCGCGCUCCCGCCAGUGGACCGCCGUGACCGCGCCACCCCUGCUGAAACUCUCCAGCACCAAAGCGGCGCCGCGCUACCGUAGAAUGGAGUACCAGGAUGCGGUAUGUACCCUUAACACCUUGCAGACAAACGCCAAUGCACUGGAUCAGGUGCGCCGAGAACGGGGACAUCCAGAGAUCCAGCUGCAGGCUAUGAGGGGAUUCUUACAGCGUGCAGGCCUCAAGGUGGAGGAGCUUGAUCAUCUCAAUAUCAUACAUGUUACUGGAACUAAGGGAAAGGGUUCAACAUGUGCCUUCACAGAGCAGAUUCUGAGGAACUAUGGCUUUCGAACUGGAUUUUACAGCUCCCCACACCUGGUGCAGGUGAGAGAGAGGAUUCGUAUAAACGGACGUCCAAUUGGAAAGGACCUCUUUACCAAGUACUUCUGGCAGGUGUACAACCGACUGGAAGAGACUAAGGACUCCCAUGGCGGCAGCAUGCCAGCAUAUUUUCGCUUCCUGACCAUCCUAGCCUUCCAUGCUUUCCUACAGGAAAAGGUGGAUGUAGCGGUCAUUGAAGUGGGAAUAGGAGGAGCCUACGACUGCACAAAUAUUAUCAGGAGGCCAUGGGUGUGUGGUAUUUCCUCACUGGGGAUUGACCACACCAGUAUUCUAGGGGACACGAUAGAGAAGAUUGCCUGGCAGAAAGGAGGAAUAUUUAAGCCAAGAGUUCCUGCAUUCACAGUGAAGCAACAAGUGGGACCAAUGACUGUUCUGCAGCAGAGAGCCGAAGAGAUUGGGUGCCCCCUUUCUGUGUGUCCUGAGUUGGGUCAGUAUCAGAGUUCUGGAGUGGAGCCGUUGAAGCUGGGGUUGGCCGGGCUGCACCAGCACUCUAACGCCUCCCUUGCACUUCAGCUUACACACAGCUGGCUCCAGAGGCGCUGCAGCACAGCUGAGCCAGCGGUCCCCUCUGCAGUUGCCUUUGGAGGCUUGUGCGCAGCUCCAGCAUUUGAGCCCACCCCUCGCAUGCUGAAAGGUCUGGCAGAUACUAAAUGGCUGGGGCGGAAUCAGACACUGACCCACGGCAGCAUCACUUACUUUCUGGAUGGAGCUCACACCACACGCAGCAUGCAGGCCUGUGUGAACUGGUUCAGUGAUGCAGCAACACAGCGUGAGGCAAAAGCCACGGGUUCAGUGGUAAGAGUGUUGCUGUUCAAUGCUACAGGAGAGAGGGACUGUGCUGCCAUGCUCAAACUGCUUGUGCCAUGUCAUUUUGAUUUUGCUGUAUUCUGCCCGAAUAUCACAGAGGCCAUCGCUUCAUGCAAUGCAGAUCAGCAGAACUUUAACGUCUCUGUGGAGAACAUGCUCACCCGUUGUCUGGACAACCAGCAGAGCUGGCGUGUCCUAAACGGUCAGGAGGAGAAGCCGGAGGCAGAGCUUCUGAUUGGUGGUGGCCUCCCACUGGUGGCGGAGCAGCGAUGUGCGACACUGGUGUUUCCCUGCAUCUUGAGCGCCCUCCGGUGGAUCACACAGGGAAGAGACCCAGUGCUUUGUGACCCCAGCAAGCAACUCAUACCUGUGAAAGCUAGUGUCAGUGCUAAAGCUGUGCCACUGAGAGAGGUCGCUAAUAUUCAUGUGCUGAUCACUGGAAGCUUACACUUGGUGGGAGGGGCUUUGAAACACCUUGAACCUGCUCUAGCAUCCUAACACAUUAGAGUCAAUAGUGUGGUUGGGUGAAUAUUAGAUCACUAAGGAGUCCAAGGGGAUACAUUUUGCAAAGCUGCAUUUCUUCAUAAGCCAAGUACGUUAAGCAAAAGUCUAUUCUGUCCAAUAACAAGAGACAAAUAUAGACGUCUCUUUUGGACAGUCAACACUUUUGGCUUAAUCUUUCUGUGCUAAAUUCAAACCCAGUAGAAACUCACUAACUGUGCCUUGCACAACAAGUCUGCUGUAAAAAAAAUCUUUACUAUAACUUUAUUAUAAUUAUUCAGCUGAUCUGCCAUCAAACUGCCACCUUGUGGCAAACACUCAUACAGGACAUUCAAGCACUUAGCCUUCACUUGUGCCUUCUCGUGCAAGACCGACAGCUAUGCUGUUCUUCAGUGGAACAUGUUCACAGAGCGUAUGACCUAGGCACAGAUUAAGCCUGGUUCUGUUAAAAGCCCAAAUAGCCUAAGCAGUGCAGGACUAAUCUUAAUCUGUCCAGGAUACAAGCUCUUGGUGCUCAGUAUUAAUUAAGGAAUCUAAGAUUAAUUAUCUUGUUUACCACUUGUGGACCUUAAGCUUAUAAUAAACCCUGGAGGCUGGCUUUUCAGGCACCGAUUCUGGAUUAGAAAGCAGAAUAUGGACAGAAUAUGUUGCUAUACGUGUGCCAUUUCUACAUAUUGUGAUUGCAAUAUGUAGUUCCUUGCAUUAAACCAUUUAUUUAAUUUCACCAUAAUUAUUUAUUUGUUGGAUCAUGUGAUUGUCUAAAGAAGCUGACAUUUUUCAGAAAAACUAUCCAGAAAAAUCAGGUGUGGCUCCAAAUUUUCAUUUUAACCAGUAAAUCUUGACAGAGUUUAGAUCAUCUCAACACUAAGGCUAUGUUCAGACUGCUAUUCCAAAUCUAGAUUGUAUUGAGAUGGAUUUUUGACUAGAAAACGAAAUUUUCAUUAGAAUUUUGCUACAUUUGGAGGUGGUUUACAAUGCGAUUACAAUAUAAUAAAGCUACAUUUGUGAUGUCCUAUCACACAAAUCCAGUCUGAUCACUUACAAAUAAGUGUGGAUAGUCAGCUCAUUAGAUCUGAUUUUGAUCAGAUCAGUUUUGCCUGCAGUCUGAACAAAAAUGGCACCUAAUGCUGUGCUCUUAAGUCAGUUAAAGUGAAAACCUGCAGCCACAUUGGCAACAUUAGCGGAUUGGGCACCUUUGUGUUACAUUAUUACUAAUUAUUUAUUGUGCAGCCCGACUUAAGUCUAGAGUUAAAAAUAGUUGUAAAUUUAUUUUGAAAAGUGAUCUGUUACUAAAUGUAUAAUAUUUAAAGCAAGCAACUUAUCCCACUUAUCUCACUUAAAGGAGAAAACCAGUGUAAAAUGGAGUUAGGGUGCAGUGAAACAUAAGUAUGAUCUGUUAAAAAGCCCACCUCCGUUCACCCACAGCAUUCUAAAAUACAGCGGUUUUAGUUGAUGCUCCCAACAGGCUUAAAAUGCUAGUGAUAGGGGCAUAGUGUUGCUAUUUUAACACCAUUAACAAGCUCAAAGUAGCUCCAAAUUUAAUUGGUAUAUUUCUGAGGGCCCUAACAUUUUAAAACGAGGCGCUGAGAACUUUGAAAGUGUUCUGGUAGUUUAUCAAAAAAGUAUUUCUUCGUCGCCCCCACCGUCUUAAAAUUAAGCCAUGAUAAGUUGACUGACGAGCACAAACAAAUAGGUAGAAUAGGUGAACAGAAGCAAAAUUCAUGAAUAUUAAUAGAGAUAUUUUCAGCAACAGCUAGAAUUCAUGCAUUUCCACUGAAUGUUUAAAUUUCUGUUCCCCUAUCCUACCUAUUCAUUUAUGUUUUUCACUUAAAAUUACCUUAAUUUCUCAAAAUUGACUUAAUUCCAAGUUGGUGGCACCAGAAGAACUACCUUUAUGUACUGUGUGGAUAAACAGUAUUUUUUAAAUAAACUAGCUGUAAACUUUAAAACGAGGCAUUGAGAACUUAAAUUCUAUUGAAUGUAGUGUAGAGCUACUUUUAGUUUGUUAAUUAUGUUAAAAUAGCCAUUUUGUUGCAUGAGAAACACUAUGCCCCUAUCGCUAGCAUUGUAAGCCUGUUGGGAGCAUUGGCUAAAAGCACUGUAUUUAUUUUAGAAUACUGGGGUUGAGCGGAGGUGGGCUACUUAACAAAAGUUUGUACUCUUUUUCACGUUUUACUACACCUUAAGUCUAUUUUACACCAGAGUUCACCUUUAUUUAGAUAUGAAACAAAUGUUCCAUGUUCAUAUAAACUCUUACUUAUUCAUAUUUAGCAUCAGUGCACUCACUGCCUGUUUCACUAUUGGUUCCUAUUUUUAACCAGGGUCAUAGCGACUGUUUAAUGCCUAUUCUGUCAUUCUUCAUUCACAGCCGUCACAUGUGCAAAAAGACUAUAUGUCUAUAUACUUGUGGACACCCCUUCUAGUGAAUGAAUUCAACUACUGUUAAGUUGCACUAAUUUCUGACACAGAUGUGCAAAUAAAUGAACACAUCUUUAUCUAGUCACUGCAAAAAAAGUAUUGCCAAUGGAAUAGGAAUACUAGUGCAUUUUUACAUCUCAAACAAUUCUGAUAAUCUCUUUCCCUUUCCUGCACUUUUAAAGUGAUUUGGAAAAAUAUAUAUGAACACUACUUGAACUGGAGUCUGUCUUGAAUUCUGUUGGACCUACACAAAACGCUUUCAUGGUUGCUUUAAUGAUUUACGAUAGGAAAAAAAUCUCUAUAUACUAUAAUAUAAAUGGUAUUUGUUUAACAGCAACAUGAAAGAAUGGGAAAUGUCUAAAAUCUUAAACAUGAGACUAAUAAGGGUUAACACAACAGCAGCACUGCCAGUAUCUGUGUACUGACUUAAAAGGUAAAUGUCUUAAAAUGGCUCUAGUGUAAUGUUUAAAACACAUUACACACUAUUACUGGCCAGCUUUUCUGACUUGAAAGAAUUAUGGAAUUGUUUUCAUUCAUGUUUACUUUUUUUUUAGUUGUUUAUUUCUGUGUAGUUGAAACACAGGCAGACUGUAUCACCUCUGAACCUUAUCCCCUCUCUUUCUCUCCAUCUCUUUAUCCCUGCCUUCCUCUCUCUCUCUCUUUUUUUGUUUAGAAAGAAUUAAUGUGGGAUUAUUAUUUUUUGUGGUAACAAAAUCUAACCUAAUUGUGCAUGUAGUGUUACAAUGUGAUGCUGGAGACGGGUGCGGCUAAACUGAGUUUGAUGGAUUUUGGUUUAAAAAACAAGCAGUGCCACUGUGUACAGUGUGAAAACUUUUGUUUUGUUUUGUUUAGUUUUUUAAUUCUAUUAAAUAAUUUAUCAGAAA